CCCGGCCCCCGCCGUCUCGCGGGCCGCUCAGGAGUUCGCGGGGGGGGGGGGAGCGAGGGCCGAAGCCUGGCGCGGGCUCGGCUGUAAAGGAGCGGCGCCGUUCAACCGCCGUCCGAUCCGAUGGGGCAGGGCUGAGGCAGCACCAUUGGACACCUGAGAGCAGGAGGAAGGGCGGGGAGGGGGUUUGGCGAUGGGGACGUGGCUCGGACUCUCCUGGCUGAGGCGAUGCCAAUCGUCCGUCGGCGGAGCCGGGGGAAGGAGGAGGAGGAGGCGGCGAGGGGCAAAUACAGCGGCCAUCAAUAUUAAAAAAGACAAGUUGGUAACCUUAAAUGAUUCUUGAAAUGAGCUAUGUAGAAAUCACUGGUACUGUCAAUUAUCUACAUAAGAAGAAGCAACCAUAUCAAGGGGGAAAGAGAUUAGGAUAUUCUUCAGUUCAGUUCAACCUUUCAGUGUUAAAAGAUGUUAACUGGUGUUAUGUUUUGGACCAAAACCAGGCAAAGAAAGAAGGUAUUUCUAAUGCAAAGGAAUUCAAAUGUGAACAAAGAAGAACCUAAUCUAGUUUAUUCUCAUGUUUGCCAAAAUUUGAAUUCAUAUUUAAUUCAGAGGUCCUACAGUGUGUUAUAGAGAAACACUCAUUAAGUGAUCUUACUGUAUGCAUAAUUGAAAUGCAAAAGACUUAUGACAGAAAGUUUGGCAUAUUUUCUAAGUGGCAUUCCACAGCCUGUAAUAAAAACUGGACAAUGAGUAUAACUGGAUUUAUUUCACUAUGGGUACUGGCCUUACUGCUUUGCUGCCAACUAAUAACCCAUGCAGAACAUGAGGACAUAGUGAAACAUGCAAUAAAGCUACAUCGGGGAAGGGGAGUUGCUAUUACUCAAAAGAAACAGUGGCUUAUAGAAAACUGCAGAAAAUUAUCUGGACUUUUACAUCAGAAAAAUGUGGUUCUCAACAAACUGAAAAGCGCAAUAAGAGCAGUGGAAAAGGAUUCAGGAUUGUCAUUGGAAGAGAGGACUUUUCAGGUUCACACAUUUGAAAUUUUUCAAAAAGAACUAAAUGAAAGCGAAAAUUCAGUCUUUCAAGCAAUCUAUGGACUGCAAAGAGCUCUGCAAGGUGAUUAUAAAGAUGUUGUAAACAUGAAGGAAAGUAGUCAUCAGCGGCUGGAAGCUUUGAGAGAGGCCGCAAUAAAGGAGGAAACAGAAUAUGUUGAACUUUUAGCAGCAGAGAAGCAUCAAGCUGAAGCCCUGAAAAACAUGCAGCAUCAAAAUAAAAGCCUGUCUAUUCUUGAUGAGAUUCUUGAAGAUGUAAGAAAAGCAGCUGAUAGACUAGAAGAGGAAAUAGGAGAACAUGCCUUUGAUGACAACAAGUCAGUGAGAGGAGUUAAUUUUGAAGCCGUUUUAAGAGUGGAAGAGGAUGAAGCGGAUAGCAAAAGAAAUAUUUCAAAAAGGGAAGUAGAAGAUGAUUUGGGUUUAAGUAUGCUUAUUGAUUCACAAAACAAUCAGUACAUUCUUACAAAGCCGAGAGACUCAACCAUUCCACGUGCUGACCAUCAUUUUAUAAAGGAUAUUGUGACAAUAGGAAUGCUGUCUUUGCCUUGUGGUUGGCUAUGCACAACCAUAGGAUUGCCAACAAUGUUUGGCUAUAUUAUCUGUGGAGUACUUUUGGGGCCAUCAGGUUUAAACAGUAUAAAGUCAAUUGUGCAGGUAGAGACAUUGGGAGAAUUCGGUGUAUUCUUCACACUGUUCCUGGUUGGUCUGGAAUUUUCUCCUGAAAGGCUAAGAAAGGUAUGGAAAAUAUCUUUGCAAGGACCUUGCUACAUGACGCUCCUGAUGAUUACAUUUGGCUUACUCUGGGGGCAUUUGCUACAAAUCAGAGCAACUCAGUGUGUUUUCAUUGCUACUUGUUUAUCAUUAUCAAGCACACCAUUGGUAUCUAGAUUCCUUGCAGGGAGUGCUCGCGGAGAUAAAGAAGGUGAAAUUGAUUAUAGCAGUGUUCUCCUUGCAAUGUUGGUGAUGCAGGAUGUACAGCUUGGUUUAUUCAUAGCGGUCAUGCCAACUUUUAUUCAAGCCGGAUUUGGCACACAUUCCAGCAUUAUCAAAGAAAUGCUAAGAAUAUUGAUGCUGAUUGGACAAAUCCUCUUCUCCCUGGCUGCUGUCCUACUUAUAUGUCUUGUUUUAAAGACUUACCUGAUAGGACCCUACUACCGCAAGUUGCAUAUAGAAAGCAAAGGAAACAAAGAAAUUCUAGUUCUAGGGAUAUCUGCCUUUAUGUUUCUUCUGUUAAUGCUCACAGAGCUAUUGGAUGUUUCAAUGGAAUUGGGAUGUUUCCUGGCAGGAGCACUUAUUUCUUCUCAGGGUCACAUGGUUACUGAGGAGGUUAUAUCCUGUAUUGAACCAAUACGUGACUUUCUUGCUAUCAUAUUCUUUGCAUCUAUAGGUCUUCAUGUAUUUCCCACUUUUGUAAUUUAUGAACUCACUGUCCUGCUGUUUCUUACACUUUCAGUGGUGAUAAUGAAGUUUUUCCUGGCAGUACUUGUUCUUUCUAUGAUUCUUCCAAAGAACAGUCAGUAUAUCAAAUGGAUUGUAUCAGCAGGCUUGGCUCAAGUCAGUGAGUUUUCCUUUGUCCUGGGAAGUAGAGCACGCAGAGCUGGUAUAAUUUCUCGAGAGGUCUACCUCCUUAUACUGAGUGUGACUACUCUAAGUCAGUUGCUUGCACCAGCACUGUGGAGAGCUGCAAUUAUGAAAUGUGUACCAAGAUCUGAAAGACGAUUAUAUCCCUGAAAAUCUUUAGUUCACGUGCUUCAGAGAAGGAAGCCUCUUUAGAUAAUACAUUUCAUAUAUGUAUAUUUAGCUUACUACAAGCCUUAUACUGGUUUCAGUUUAUGAAACAAAAAUGUAACAUUUUUCAUAAUACAUUUUGAUUUUUAGAAUACUGAAUAUCUGUUAAAUAGAUUUUUUUCCAAAAUUUGGUUUUUUUUUUUAAAUCUAUGAAUCCAAUAAUUAAUGUGCCUUUUAAAGGAUUAUUUUCCAGUCCAUGCAGCAAAUUAAUAAUUAUAGUGCCUAUGGUACUGUUAAAGAAAACCACCCAAUUAGUCAAACAUUGGUCACAAAAGUUUUUUUCAAAGCAAUUAAGUUUUUCAUUCAAAUAUAGGUUUUAAAACUAUUCUGAUAACUGUAAAUUAUAUUCCUAAGAAUAUCUCACUGCAUUAUUUUUAAAAACAAUUGCCUGUAAUAGUGAUUUAUUAUUAUAAUGAUUUGUGGUCUGAAACAUGGUUAAUAGUGAUCAGAAAAACUCCUAGUAUGACUACCAACAUCUUUUUUUACUGAGAACUGUUAAUUAAAAGUAUUCUUGGGGGAUAUUUGUUUGUAGUUCUAUUCAUUGGAUGUAUAGCAGAAUUAGAAUUUGCUGUCACGAACUGGCCUUUCUGUGUAAAUAAAUGAUUAACUACUACGCAUUUUCUUAAAAUGAAGAAAAAUAUCCUUAAAUUAUAUUGCUCCAUAAUAUACUGCAGUGUUACUUAUUAGAAAUAAAUGCACUGGUUAUUCACUGAA